UCUGGCAAUGGUAACACAACGCGGAAACCACUACUAGCUACUAGUAGUAUUGUACACACCUCAAGCCCAAAUGCUCACAACAAAGGCCCGGAGGGCCCAUCAUAUUGAUUGCGAAAAGUAGAUGAAGUAGCUAUAAGGGAUAACUCCUGGCUACCUAGUAGAUUAGAAUAGAGGGGCCACUUUUGCCUUGGUUGUACCGGUAUCGGUAUCAAAAGAUGAGCCACAGAAACGAGUCCAAGGUUUCUUUUGCGUCUGAGUCGACGCCACUUGUCGGCCAGACCAAUGGUACCGACGACACAGAAGAAAAGAAACGUUGGGGAUUCCUGCCAUGGACGAAGAGAGAGAAGAAAGCCCCAAGUAGACAAAGUCGUCGGAGGCGAAGAUUCACCCAGAGCGAUAGCAUCAUUAAAAAUGGUCGCUUCCGUCCUGUCUCGGAGCCAGCUCCACGGGAUUUGUCGCAAUCCCAAAUCCAGGACCUAAUGGAGUCAUUUGCCCAUGAGGAUAGUGACGAAGAGAAAACUUGGGCGCGGUUAUCGGUAGAAAAGUGGCUACAAAAGCAAUCAUGGUACUUUCCUCGAAAGGACGUGGAAAAGGCGCCGUCCCUUUCCGAAGCAUGGGCCUUCUUUGAACACAUGACAUUGCCCCGAUACCAGUGGUUCGCGGCGGAUCACGUCUAUCGGAUAGCUGAUCCAGGUGAAACCGAUAAGACUGCCUUGUUCCAACCCAGAACCAUGCCAGAUUAUUGCUUUCUCCAGUGGGGUCUUGGCGUAGACCAGUACUUUGGAAUGUUGAAGUACCUCUCGCUCAUGUUUCUCGUUUGUGCCAUCCUGAACAUUCCAAACAUGAUGUACUACGCCAGUCCCACCUAUUCGACUGGAAAGGAGCAUUUACCUUGGUCCUUGCGAGCAUCUGCCAUUUGUACCAGAACCAAAUGGGUGGUCUGUGCCGAUUGCACUGCCGAUCAUUGGUCCUGGGCAGAGGAAGGAAGCACUUUUGCUACUGCCCCGGAUGGAACAGUCUUGGUGCAGCGAAAUGAUUGUGGAGGCCGCAUGAUUAUGGAUGGUAUUUUGGAUUAUGCAACGUUUGUGUUUGUGGCCGUUUUCAUGACACUCCUAGCAGUCUACAUGCAUGCCAGAGAGAUAUGUUUUGAUGAAGAUCGGUUGACAGCCGAUGACUACACCAUCGAAGUUCUCAAUCCACCUCCUGAUGCGAAUGAUCCUGUUGAAUGGAGAGACUUCUUUACUGAAUUUGCCCUAAAACAAGUCACAAUGGUGACGGUUGCUCUGGAUAACGAUGAACUCCUGCGGGCUCUCGUCGAGCGUCGCGAGAAAAUGGAUGAACUGCAGAAGCUACUACCAGGUGAAGUCAAUCUUGAAGACGAAGCAUGCGUGCAAGAAUCAUUGGCAACCAUGAUGGCGGAGCGAGAAAGUGCCACCAGGAGCGGCUCAUCCAAGCUGUUUGAAAAGUUUCUCCGGGGCGCUGGUCUGCUUAUCGACCCAGAGGCCGCAGUGCAGAAAGUCACAGAUCUCACCGAAAAGGUCAAAAGGCUUCAGCUGAAACACUACAACGUCGCAAGUAUCUUUGUGACCUUUGAAACGGAGGAAGGCCAACGACAAGCCUUGGCGGCUCUUUCGCAUGAACCUUCUCGACUGGUGGAGGCAAUGAAGUUUCCAAACAAGACGAUCCCAACGUUUCGAGGGGAUACAUUGCGAGUUGACAGGGCCGUCGAUCCCAGCAGUGUCAAAUGGCUGGAUCUGGGUAUGCGAAAAGGAGGCACCGCACUGGUCAUGACAGCGAACCUUAUCGUCACAAUAAUCGUCAUCCUGUAUGCCGCAUGGUGCGAAAACUCCGCAAGAAAGAAACACGGCCCUUAUGCUGCCGGUAUUCUUGUGUCAAUCUUCAAUACGGCAGUUCCCAUUGUUGUGGAGUCUCUGAUGUACUUUGAACGUCAUCGAACUGAAGGUUCAUGGCAGAUAUCAUACUUCUGCAAGCUCACUCUCUUUCGCUGGGUGAAUACGAGCGUCAUCAUGAAGGUGUUCACGCCGUUGGUUUCGAACUUGAGUGAUUCAGCCGACGAUGUCCUACCUGGAAUGCAAGCGGUGCUGGUUUCGGAGCUAUUGGUGACGCCCUUUACGAGUUAUUUGGAUAUCGGAGGAAACUUUGCUAGGCAUGUCAUUGCGCCCAGGGCAUUGACGCAGUCUGAAAUGAAUCGAAACUUUCUGGGAACUCCCUACCGGCUGGGCGAACGGUUCACGGCACUGGCAAAUAUCCUCUUCGUUUGCUUCUUUUACUCGGCACUAUAUCCUGCAGUUUUCCUCUUUGGGUUUGCGAUUCUGGUGGUUCAAUAUUACACUGACAAGUACCUUUUAGUCAGAGUGUGGAGACAAUCAGCUGCCAUUGGCCCCCGUCUGGCAAGAAUCAGUCGACGGUACUUCUUCAAUCUUGCGAUGGUAGUUUUCAUCGUAUCAUCCGCCUAUUCAUGGGCACAGUUUCCAUACGACAAUGUUUGUGACAAGGUGGGCGAUACUGAACGUGUGUUGCAAAAGACCUUCGAGAAUGUUUCUUUCUUGAAUGGAACAGUCGACACAAUAACAAUAGACCAAGACACUCCAGUCUAUUUCUGCAGCCAGGACAUUCAAGAUUUUGAUGCUGCGUUCCCUUUCCCGCCAACACCGGGCAUACAACCAGAGGGCCUGAAAUGGAUGACAGAAGCUCAAGAGAGAAUUUGUACCGUGUUCGGUUGGACCUCGCUGGCCGUUUCAGUUGCCUAUGUCAUUUACUUCCUAAAGGAGAUUCGAUUGUUUGUGUCUUCUCUCAUGCGACCAACCUACAAGCCGACCCUUGCCAAAAGUCAAAGGAUUGACUUUAGUUCCAACGAAAGGAUGGUGGCAUACAUUCCCCAGAUCAAAGUUGAGUCACUGAUGUACCCACUUCUAGCAUGCGACGUGGACGGGAUUGACCAGGAUAUGAUUGGAUGGUCAGAUCCCAGACAUAGUUACGACAGGCACAACCUCAUCUUUGACGUGCCCCGAAUCAAUCAACGGAGGCGCAUGACGAUAUCUAUCACCCCCGAUCAAAUCGAGGACAACAACGGUGGAAAGAAAUCCUCGUCAGCAAACAACGCCGGAGAGCGACCGAUUUUCAGCAUUGUAAAGCACUAUCCUCCUGAGUGGCAGCUUCGCAUGAAGAUUGAAAGCGAUAUGAUCGGAACGGCGUAUUCGGAGAGCUUUGAAAGUAGUAACCAAUCCUGGCAGCCCCUGUGCUAGCUAGCUAGCUAGGUGGGGCUUGGACUCCAAUACACAACUGGUACCAGGUACUUUGAUCGGUAUCAAGGCCAUAGGAAGCUAAUGCUAGUGUAUACUCUGAAGC